GUGACGCAGCGCCGGGAGCGGCGGGGCCGGGCCGGGGUCCCGCGGCCUCGGGAUCCUCUCAGGGACCGUCCCGGGCCGGGCCGCGACACCGCGGGGACAGCGGCGCUGGGCAGAUUUGGCAUAAACCACAUUACAGGAAGAAAAUGACCCACUGGUUCCAUCGCAACCCUCUGAAGGCUACAGCUCCCGUUGCAUUUAAUUAUUAUGGGGUAGCCACCACUCCAGCUGCAACAAAAGUUUGCAAUGACUUGAGGUUAUCUCGAACACGGCUCUUGGAGCUGUUUACAGAUGCAAGUUGUAAUCCAGAAAUGAUGAAGAAUGCAGCUGACUUGUACUUCUCACUCCUGCAAGGUUUUAUCCUUUCACUGGAUGACUCUUCCCAAGAGUGCAAGUUGAGAUACAUUCAGAAUUUCAAGUGGACAGACACGUUACAAGGACAAGUCCCGAGUGCCCAGCAGGAUGCAGUGUUUGAACUGAUUUCCAUGGGAUUUAAUGUAGCUCUAUGGUACACAAAAUAUGCAUCAAGACUCGCUGGAAAAGAAGAUAUAACAGAAGAUGAAGCAAAAGAUGUUCAUCGCAGCCUGAAGAUAGCAGCUGGGAUUUUUAAACACCUGAAGGAAAAUCACAUUCCAAAAUUGAUUACACCUGUGGAAAAGGGAAGAGAUUUAGAAGCUCGACUUAUAGACUCCUACAUAGUACAGUGUCAAGCUGAAGCUCAAGAAGUGACAAUUGCUCGGGCUAUUGAGCUGAAACACAAUCCAGGCCUAAUAGCUGCUCUUGCUUAUGAAACAGCCAACUUCUACCAAAAAGCUGAUCAAACAUUAUCCAGUUUGGAUCCAACCUAUGCAGGUAAAUGGAGGAAGUACUUAAACUUGAAGAGCUGUUUCUAUAUGGCCUACGCAUACUGUUACCAUGGCCAGACUUUGCUGGCAAGUGAUAAAUGUGGGGAAGCAAUCAGAUCUCUGCAGGAAUCAGAAAAAUUUUUUGCCAAAGCUGAAGCAUUGUGCAAAGAAUAUGGAGAAACCAAAGGGCCUGGGACUACUGCCAAACCUUCUGGACAUCUUUUCUUUAGGAAAUUAGGAAGUUUGAUUAAAAGCACACUAGAAAAAUGCCAGAGAGAGAAUGGAUUUAUCUAUUUCCAGAAGGUGCCAGCAGAGGCUCCCCAGCUGGAAUUGAAAGCAAACUAUGGCUUAGUAGAGCCUGUUCCUUUCGAGCUUCCUGCCUUGAAUGCACACUGGACUUCUGAAACAGUUGCAGCAUUUGAUCUCACCAAGAGGCCAAAGGAUGACACGGCUAAACCAAAACCAGAUGAAGAAGUAAAACCUCUGAAGGAACCAGAUAUAAAGCCUCAAAAAGACAGUGGAUGCCAGAUUUCUUAAGUGCCAUAAGUGCUUUGAAGUCUCUUUGAAACUCCUAUUCAUAGGACUCUGGGGCUUUAGUUCUGAUCUUUUAUUGAUUCUCCUUUUUACAUUUAGAAGACUAAUUUAAUUUACCUUUGUUAAUAUCUUGCUUAAGAAUGUGGUGGAUUUAUAGGAGGUUAUUUAUAUCUGAUUUAUUUUUGAUUUUAGUGGGAUAUCAUAGAAUGAGUGGGCUUAAAUGUUCCUAUUGUGCCUCUAGGGAGUUUCUUUUUGUGGGUUUAGUUUUACCCACAAAUAGCAAAGGCAGUAUCAUGAUUGUAAUGCUUGAGGAUUUUUCCAUUACUUUAUAUGCUGUGUCAUGUCCAAUUCUGCAAACAGAAGUUUGCACGAACAGUUAUAUUUAUUCAAGUUUUGUCAUUCAGGCUUAGCACCCUGUCGUGUUCCAAUUCACCUAAUUGUAGUGAGGGAAGAAAAUCUGGGUUUGGUUUGUAACACUCCUAUGGUAUUUCACAGGACUUGCACAGAACUUGGGGAAACCUCAAGUUCUUUAUAACAGGAGCACAGUUUAUGUUCUGAAACUAUUAACCUCUAUUCUUUCCUCUGUACAUUAGGGUUUUUAUAUCAGAAUUUGUAGUAAGGUACCUUAUCUUUGUCUGUCCUUUAAUCCAAAUCCUUCAAUAUCAAAGUGUAUCUGAAAGUGAUGCAGCAAGCAAUAUGGAAAUGCUUACAAGUAAAGCAUCCCUGUGUCAUUCAUUCAGAGUUUUUAAAUCUUCAAAGCUUUGUUAAGUUUGAAAGCUGCAGACAGUUCAGAUCUCUUGGCACUGGAAUUCCCACAGCUGUCUUGCUAAGGUAAUGGAUUUAGAAUCAAGUUGCUGUGUUUCCAUCUGGGUGGUGUCUAUAAGAAGCUGUCAGGAGAACAGGCAGGAAAGAUGAACUGAAGAGCUGAUGGCACAGCUGGGAAGCCAAGCUCUAGAUUUCCUUUAUGCCCUGUGUAAGCAGUGCUGCUUCUCAGCUUUUGCAGUAUUGCACUGAAAUCAGCUCUUUCGGAAGAAAACUUGCCAGAAGCCAAGCCCAGUCAAGGCUAAGAAAGAAAGGAUUUUGCAGAAUUUGCUGCUUCCAUUCCUGCCUGCUGUGGAAAAUGUGACAGCAUUCUUUAGUGCUGAGCACUGCAAAACAGCCGUGACAACAAAAACAUCUUUCUGAUUUGCUGCAAGUGCAAAGUUUUAUGAUGCAUGUGUUGAAGUGAGAGCCUUGCAGUCCCUGGGUACCAGUUGCUGCACUUCUCUUUGCCUGAGAAAGAAACAGCAGCCUGACUGUAAUCACAUUCCUCACUUUGUACUCUUUGUUCACCUUCCACUGUGCUGUAAUUCGGUGCUUCUAAAAUCUUUCAUGGGGCUUGGAGACACUCAGCUUAGAGAGCAGGUGUGUAACUCCCUGAAGGCCUGGGGAACAAAAGCUGCUGAUGAGGUUAAUAGGGAACUCAAGACUCUUCCUGAGAUACUGGACCAAAUUACAAAAUUUGUUAAUACAAAAGGCAAAGAGACUUUUAAUGCUGGCUGUUGUGUGUUGAUCAAAUGCAGACCUCCUUGCUUUCCGUGACGGAUUUUUCUUUCUGUCAGUUCUGCAUAUAAAAAUAAGUGUAAAGUGAGCUGAAUUUUUUUGGAAGAAGUUUCUGUUCUGCAGGGGCCUAGAGAAUAAUGAGUAUCAAGAAGAAUAUAUACCUGAAAUGGCUCCAUUUCUUCUGGUGCUGCACAGGGACCUGUGGUAUGUUUCAUGAAGAGUUACUCAAAUCUGUUCCUAACUCAGACUUCUUGCAUUGUUAAAAGACCAGCUUAGGUUUUGCCUAAGUGUGGAGUGUGGAGUUAGUUUUCUUAUAUAGAUUUUAAUUCUAAAAAUGUAUUUCAGCUGUAGUCAACAACAUUUGCUCAGCCUUCCCCCUUUAAGGAUCAAGAUGCACUGAGUUAACUCAGUUUCAUAAUCACCAUUUUUUUAGCUACUCACUGUUUUUCAGAAUUCUUUGUCAAUACACAUCUCAACUGAAUUAGUUUUCUUUAUCUAAUAGAUAGAUAAAGAAAGAUCUAGACUAGAUCCCAUUUUCCCUCCUCCCCUCAUUUUCCCUUCCAUCUGCUACAAACUGUGGCACAGAUAUACCCUUAUUUCCUAAUGCACAUGUUGGUCCUGGGAUUCAUUUCCCAUGCAGCUCCUACUCGUGGGUGGGUUCCAGUAGAGGAAUAUCUUAAAAUCAAAUUAACAAAUCAUGACUAAAUCAUUCCCAAACAUCUUGGUAGGAAAGAUUAUUUUAUGGACUUGGAAUUCUUUGGAUGCUUUCUCAAACCGAGUGGUUUUUCUGAAUCAAGUUCACUGUAAAUAAUUUGGGGCAUAACCAAGUGAAUUGUGUCAGAUGAUGACAUUACUUAAGCCUAGCAGUGUAACCUCUUACGCCAUAGCUGUUUCAGUAAAUAUGAUGUAGUAGUUUAAAAAUAGACUAAUGGAACAAACUAAUUCACUUAACAUGUGUUGCUUUUCAAGACAAACUUUGUUUACUUGUAGCUAAAAUCCUGUGGCAAACAUUGGAUGGUUUUGCCAAAAAAUAAGAAGCUGGAGACUGUUUAGUUUGCAAAGUAGAGAGAGCUGUGAGGCAAUGAGCAGCUUUCUCUUUUGGUUUUGUUGGCUAGUAGCAGGAAUUACUGUAAAUAGGAUAUAGAUUAACUGUCCAAUAUGCUUAAGGAUAUGGGUGAAUGAACUGGGAGUUUCCAUGAAUCUGGAAACCCAGCAGCCAUGUUCCUUCUGUUAUAGCUCCCUUUAGUAAUUUUUAAGAGUGAGGUAUUUUGAACGGUGACUUUUUAAUAUUCUAAUGCUGCAAGAGCCUUUUUUUCUGGCCUCUCUCUGGUUUGAGAGGUUCUCAUGGCUAAGCCUGCAAAUCUUGUUGGUGUAAAUAGUCUUUAAAAAUUUGUGCCCCAUCUGAAGCAGGACAGAACUGCAGCUGAAUAAAAUACGGAGUGCUGGGCCCUCUGUUUUGUGCUUUAAGAAAAGCAGUGAUUGUCUUUAAUCUACUAUAAACCAAACCAUUAAGCUCUUUGUAGGAUUUCUAUUUAAAUACCUUCCUCCAUGUAUUUAAAUAUACUUUUUCCAUGUAUUUAAAUACACUUCCUAUGUGUUCCUGGGUUUUCAGUAGUUACUCUCCAUCCAGCAUGUGACACACCUACAGCUGGGGGACUAAACCUGGCCCUUGGAUGCUGAUGUCUGCCUCCCACUGGAUUUGGUAGAGUUUUGCCUGUCAGCCUAGGGAUGGCAUUUGGUCACUUGGAUGUUCAGCAUGGAUCUGUGGUGUGUCUGUAACGAUGGUAGUUGUUUGUACAACAAGCAGGAAAAUGGAUCCCUGUGUCUAUGUAGAAUAGAGACAACUUUGCACUUUAGAAAUUUCUUGUCUUGCAAAUUUGGUACAAUACAAUAUGCUUGUAAAUAGUCCUUCCUGUCAUUUUGUUGCACUGAUUUCAGUAGUGUGAUAUGGGUAAGGUUUUAAUGGGAAACAUUACUAAAAUGUAUUUUUAAUUGUCUGUGUAUAAAACAAACUCAUGAAGCAUAUCUCUGCCUUUAGUAUUGGGGAACAUGAGAGGAGGCAGCAGCUCAUCUGUCUUCCAUGGGAAUUCCCAGAAGUGAAGACUUUCUGUCUGUUGGCUGCGGGGUGAAACAUUUCAUCCCAUCCCUGUGUCUGGUAUCUAAACUGAAGUUUCAGCAUUGACAUAAGUCCUGUUCAUGCCUAUUAGUUAUCCCUAAAAAGAUUCUAUCUCUAAAGAUCACUCUUAAAUUGCCAUAGUAGCAUAAGCUGCUUUUUUUUUCCUUUUUCUGUGUUUUCGUCCUGUCACUGGCCCAGCUGAGUGAGGAAUAAAGCACAGUGAGUAGGACUGGCAUGGAAAAGCCCCUGCAGUGUGUACCUGUCUGCAGGUUGUGAGUGCAGUGUAAAGGCCUUUCCACAGUGGCCACUGGUUUCACUCAGACCUUUCCCUGCUGGUGAUGCUCUCAAAUUCAGCAAAGGUCCCAUGGCAUCCCAGGGGACCCUUGAUUAGCUUUUUAUGUAGGAAGGCUUCCCUCCUUUGGUGCUGGUGCCUUCAUGGAUUACAAGCUUCCUGAAGCCAUCCUGUACUCUGAGUAAUCCCACUUCAAUGGAAUCAGCUCUGAGAUUACUGACCGAGCAGCCUUACUUUGUGAAGACAGUCACCAUGCAAUCUUAAGCUUCAUAGCUGGAAAAUUUGUAUAUAGCCACGAAUUUCAGAAUGCCAUUUAAAAUAAACAAUCUUCAAGUAUUA